AUGGGGAGGCUUGGAGGCUGGCAUGGGCCCUGCUUGGGUGGCUCUGUGUGUAAGAGCCAUGAGUCACAACUUUCAGGCAGCAAGCAGGAGAGAGGGCAGGUCAUGGGCACUGGAUAUGUGGGCUGUGGAAGGGGUGUGGAACCCAGGUUCACACCCCAGAUGUUCCAUCGCCUGAGAAGCCCGGUAGCUGACCUGCAUCUUCAUGAGAGUGGGGCGGACUUGUGCACGAGUGUGUGGUCUAAGUAUUUAUGUGCAGUUACACUUCGUGGCAAAUAG